CUGCAAUAUUUGAAUGUUUUUCCCAAAUUUCUGUGACAAAAUUGGAUCCUUCUCUUCAAAUUCCUGCAGGUGUUUGUAAAAUGUCGAUUCGAACAAACAAGAUGAAAGCAGUAGCUGUGUUGCUGAAGCAGUUGACGACAACAAGGAGGAAAUUCCAUGAGAGGGGAAGAGAUGAAUCAUUUGAUGGGAAGUUGGAGAAGUUGAGGUUGGAUCUGAACAAGAUAAAAGAUGUGUUUGUGGAAGUGAAGAAGAAGGAAGAAGAAUUGCUUGACACAUUAGCACAGGUGUAUGACCAUCUUCGCAAGUUAGAACGCGUGAAACUGGAUGAAGACAUGAAUGGCAUUUGCCAGAGAAUCAGAGAUUCUGCUCACAACUUGCUCCCAACGCUUGUUUUUGAUGACUCAUCUAAGGAGGAGGAUGACAAAAUAUUUCACUCAUCAAAAGACUUGGUGCAGCCCCAUCAAGAUAGUUGGACUAUGGAAGAUUAUGACCAACUAAGCCUUCCAUCAAGAAAUUGCUUGUUAUCUCUCUUCAUUUUUCCUGAGAACGCUGUGAUAAAGAAAAGAAAUGCAAUUAAUUUGUGGAUUGGAGAGGGUUUGAUUACAAAUAAUAAGAAGGAAACAGCAGAGGAAGAGGGCGAGGAUGUGAUUGAUGAUCUUUUGAAAUGUGGUGUGAUUGUACGCUGUGGCAAUGGAAAUGAUCCCUUUGCCAAUAGAUUUCGAAUUCUUCCAGGAGACCUUCAUGGUGUGUCGAAUUUAAUUAGAGAUUUCGAUUAUAUCAGAUCAUCGCCGUUACAGCUUGAUAGUAAAAAGGUUACGGUAGGUGGGGUUCAUACAAAAAAUGUGACUUUACGUAAUAUUUUUAAUAUUGGUGCAAGUUAUCUGAAUUUCAGACCGCAAUGGACCACUGAAUUGAGGAAUUUAGAGGUGCUUCAACUUGGGCGUUGGCAAGAUUCAGCUUUGCAUCACAUUGAAGUUGGGAGUCAAGAAUUCUUGAAAGAUCUGAGAUAUCUGAAAGAGUUGAAGUAUCUGAGUCUGCGUGGGAUGUCGAGAAUAUUCGAGGUUCCAUCCUCCAUUGCAGAACUUGAGAAGCUACUGAUUCUUGAUGUGAAAGCAUGCCAUAAUUUGGAAAGACUACCUGAUGAUAUUUCAUCAAUGAAAAGUCUGACACACCUUAUUAUGUCUGAUUGUUGCUUACUGGAGGGCAUGCCAAAGGGGAUUGAGAAGCUCACUAAUCUGGAAGUACUCAAGGGAUUAUUAAUAAGCACUCCUGAAAAGACUCCUUGCAAAAUAUCAGAUCUGGUAAAUUUGGGAAAACUAAGGCAACUCAGCAUACGUAUUGGAAGUGAGGCCGAGAUCAGGGAUGGGGAGUUUAAAGGUUUGGAAGAUUUUUUAGCACUUGAGAAGCUGAAGAUAUCUUGGAGUGUGUCUGAUCCAAAGUACGCUUAUAUUGGUGUUAUUUUGCCAUCAAGUUUGAGAAAGUUACAUCUUGAAUGUUUUCCUGGAAAGUCUUUGGAAGGAUGGGUUCUGCCAAUCAUUCAUAGGUUCAGGUUCAUAUCGACGGAGCUAAAGAUAACUGGAGGAAAACUAGAAAGUAUGGAAGUAAAUGUUGAACGGGGGACUGUGGAAAUAGUACGUCUGAAGUACCUUAAGCAAUUGAAGGUGGACAUAGACUAUUUGAAAGCAUUGUUUCCUGAGCUGAGAUAUGUAGAAGUUAAACAAGUCUCAAACAUUUCAUACCUUCAACAUCAAUGGCCAUGGCCAUAUGAACUAGCCUUCAAGCCUUAAAAUGUUGUGCAUAUUGUUUAAUUCGUUCUCUGUAUAAUAUUAUGUUAUUUACACUAUGUUGUAUAUCUAGAGUGACCAAAAGUUGAAAAAUAAGGAAACAAUAAAUAUGA